CAGGGAGCAAUCGUUCUCAACGCUAGUUGACUUUGUUUUUUUGUCAUUUUUGUCACCUUCCGAACUUUCCGUCACUCUUAUUGGUUUCUCUUUUCUCUUUUCUUCUUUUUUUCCUAUAAUAACAAACUACACGCUAUGUCUGCCGUUGUUCACGUAACACUGCCGCGGCUAUGCCCGUCCUCAUCGACGUGCGUGUAAAAGGAAGGAGCGCCGCACUUACCCUGCGUCGUUGACAUCACAACCAAGCAAAACCCAGCACAGCGUGGAAUUUCGUACCUAUCAUAGACAAAUGUUAAUUGACCCAGUUUAUCAACAUAGCCUCCAUGUUAUAGUAAAGAGUUUUAUCGUUUCCAGCUAUUGUUUUGUGACGACGUGCUGCCUUUAUACUUCCAUCAUCGCUAUUAUGGAGUACCACUAUUCCCUGCCGUCCAGGCAGAGUUCGCUGAGGUCAGCAAUGGCAAACGAAAGUAUUCGACAUCGGACAAUUGCUGGCCCUGAAGUUGCUCCCCUUGGAUUUAAACGGCCAAGAAUCAUUUCAUAUCACACGCGCGCUGACCGAGUCGCCCCCGUUGCAGAAUCCGAGAAAGAAAACCUUCAAACCUCUGGUGACGAGUACUCCGGUUUCCAACCAAUGUAUGGCGGUGGUAUGGAUGAAAAGGCCUUUAACCCGGCAGAUUCAGGAACCUGGGGAUUUACUCCAUUACCAUUUGCGGAUGCCAAACCAACAGACCCCAGUCAAAGAGCUCCCUCUGGAUUCCUCAACGUGGACGAUGACGAUGCCUCUCUAUUGGCUAGUCCGAUAAUCCUACCUUCACCGGAACCAAUGCCGAAUUCGGACGAGUUUCUGAAACUUAUCAAAGAAAAUCUAAGGCUCACAAGCACUGACGAUGACAUUCCAACGCACGACAGCAAGGACGGCCAUGGCGAAGACGGCCACGAGCACAUGACCUCGUCCAUUUACAACUCAAACGAGUAUGAUGCGUCUGGUUUUCAAUCGCCCAUAUCCGAAAGUGGAAACAGAUUGAGUCUCUCUAACCUGGAAAAGUAUAGCAAGGCAAAUGACCGUCUUUCGAAUCUGCGUAGCAGUUCUGGCGCGUCUACAAAACCAGAAUCCAACGCAACGGAGCUGGGUGACGUACUGACCGAAGCACUCACGGCAGCAAAUGAAUAG